AUGGAGAGAUCCGACGACAGCGACAGUGAGCAGAGCAUGUCGACGGCGGCGGCGACACUACGGCACCUGGAGUAUGCGGUCAUGACUUUGGGUCACAUGAACGAGCAGAUGACAGACUUUCGUGGUAUAAAGGCCUCCCUCGCAAGGAUUGAGAAGAGCCUCCGGACCAUACCGCCCGACUCCGGCAGUCGGUUUCGCAGACCUUCGGAUGCGUCCCUGACGUCAAGGACGUCUGCAGCCAGAGACGGCGAAGCGAUGCAAACCCCGAAGGUGGAAUCGGAACUACAUUCUUCCAUCUAUGGACUUGAAGCGGUUAGGGCCGAGGAGCUAUGCAGCAGCAAGCGAAGAGGCACGAAGAGGUCCACUCGAAGCCCGAAGGGGAUUCCAAGGAAGCCUGCCCAGGCAGAUCUGCUCGACCUACACCAAGCCAGCUCACAUGAUUCUCGGCCUCCUGAAUCGAAGAGUGCGCGGAAGCUGUCCCGAUCUGUUUCCGCAUCAGCCGUUGUUCCGGACCAUGCCGUUGACGAUUUUAUCCCAGAACGUCCUGCGAGCAUGAAGCCGCGGGCACCUACAUCGCCACCUGCUAUGUGUCGGAGGAAGUCGUUGGACGAUCUUCGGCAGUUUCACGAUGCGGUGAUUGCGGCCCCCACCUGGGUAUCACCCCUCUCACGUUUAGAGCUCGCAGUGGACAGCUUUGCAUUGCGCUUCUUCAGCACAGGCGACAUGGAGGCAGCAGUGAUGAAUUGGAACAUUGUGCAAGCCACAUUGCGACAGACUUCGUGCAAACUCAGCGACUUCCUGGUACUCCUAGCUUCGUCCUGCGUGGGGGCGUUAAUCAUAUUUGCAUAUCAGAUCGCGUCCCUGACUCUCUCUGGCGACGGAGUGUCCAUGGAGAGCAUCAUCAAGUGGCUAGGCUGGUUGUACUCUCCCCUGAUUCUGUUUCUCUAUGUCCUUUCGAAAUCAGCAGCCGUCACGGAGAAGGUCGAUCGCUUGGCACCCCUUGUGAAUUCCUGGUCAUUCGAUGGUCGCGAGACCCUGGACGAAUCGCGACAGUACGUGGUGUCAUAUAUCCUGCAUAGCCAUGCGGGUUUCUAUGCUCGCGGUAUCCGCAUUACAUCCGCGAGCGUGCAGAAGCUCGUGUACUACUUCGCAGCAGGGUC